AUGGUCAUGGCUAUGUCUCUGUCUCUUGGACUCUUGUCUUCUUCCAUUCUCCCUCCUGAAACCCACACUGCCACCUUCAUGAGACCUUCUCAUUCUGCUUCUUCUUCUGGUUUGCGCAUGGUGCGAACUGUUACCUCUUGCACCGUCUCUCACUCCGACCAAGGCACCCGCAAAAUCCGUGGUAUCAUGAAACCUAGCAAAGUCACUCCCGAGAUGGCAGCCAUAGUGGGCGUUAAAGAGAUUGCCAGAACCCAAGCCCUCAAACGGAUUUGGGCUUACAUUAAGGACAACAAUCUUCAGGACCCUGAAGACAAGAGGACUAUUAAUUGUGAUGAGAAGCUAAAGAAGGUGUUCGAAGGGAGAGACCGAGUUGGUAUGCUUGAUGUUGCUCGCUUGAUUAGCCCUCAUUUCCUUAAAAGUGAAAGUUAA